AUGUGUUGUGCUUCGUAAACAUUUCAUUCGGGAUGUGAAGUAUUACUGCUAUGUUCUAGACCAAUACCUUUUAAUGACUAGAGUAAGAUUGCCCACUAUACAUAGAAAGCUAAGGAUGAAAAACCCAAAUAUGUCUUAUAAUUGUAAUUGAGUCAACAAAUUGGAUGGAUCACAGAACAAAAAGAUAAUAAGCUACUCAUAAAAGCAUUUACUAUCAGGUACCAGAGCAAAUUCAAAGAUUUUACUGGUAAAACAGAAGACUUGCACAUGUAAAUCAAAUACCCAUUAUGCUUAGAAUAAGACAAUAAAUCAAGAAUAAAGUCACAUUUUUUAAGAUUGCUGACUUCUAUGAAGCUCAAUAUAAUCUCGGCAAAGGGAGUUCUGCCAAAGUGAUACAAAUUAAAGAAAUUGGAUCUGAGUCAGCUUUAUUUGCCGCAAAAGCUAUUGAUAAAAAUUAUCUCUAGAAAAGCUUAUUUGGCAUGAAAGCAUUUUUAAAUGAAGUUGAAAUUCUCAAACUACUUAAUAGAUAAAGCAUAAAUGCCCCUUUUAUAAAGUUACAUGAAACUUUUGAAGGCGACUACACCUACUAUUUAAUAUUAGAUUUAAUGCGAGGAAGAAGCUUAGCAGAAGAAAUUGAAUUACGGAAGGUAAUAAUACUUGAGAUUAUGUUGUUUAGUAAAGGAAGGAAUUAUUUCCGAUAAAGUCAGUAAGAAUGAUUAUGUAAUAACUAUUGGAAGGCGUGAGAAUCCUACAUGAAAAUAAUAUCAUACAUAGAGAUUUGAAACCAGAUAACAUUAUGUUCCGUGAAUAAGAUCAAUAUGAUACUCUCAUUAUAGUCGAUUUUGGAUUGUCAACCUUCACUGAAGUUUCAAAAUACUAAUUCCCAAAAUGUGGUACUCCUGGAUAUGUAGCUCCUGAGGUUCUCAAUUUGAUUGAUAGAGAUUAAAAAUAUGAUAAAGUUUGUGACGUUUUUAGUUGUGGAUGUAUCUUCUACAAAUUACUAUUUGGACACAGUUUAUUUUAUGGCAAUUCAUUCAAUGAAGUGUUGAAUUAGAAUAAAAAAUGCAAUUUCAUUUUAGAUGGACGUGACAUGGAUAUGAUUCCAUUAGAUGCAUAACAAUUAUUAAGAAGAAUGCUUGCAAAAAACCCUCUAGAAAGAAUCACAGCUAAACAAGCCUUGGAAUCUGAUUUUUUUAUUAGUCCAGUAACUUAAUCUUAAUAAAACAGUAUUACAUUCUUAUUAUUAAUGUCUAGUUUUGAAAAUGUUGAAAACUAAUAAUUCAAGUAACAUCUUCUAACCAACUACAGAUGGAUAAUUAUCAGAAGCAGAUUCUCCUUUCUAAAGAGUUUAAAAUAUGCAUAUCGAAUAAAUCGAUUUUGAUUCUGACAUCUCAGAGAAUAAAUCUUCAUCUAUUCAAAUUAGAUAUUUGCCAUCACUUAAAAAGCCUUCAUUUAAAAAAAUGGAAGAUACAAAUUCAGACAGUUUUUACACAAAAGAUCCUCUUAAUAGCUUUAAAAAAAUAAAUGCUAGUAUAAUAUUCAAUUAAAUUAGUAUCUCUUAAAAGUUUGAAUGAGUCUUAAGACAACAAAAUUUAUUAAUCAGAAAUUGAUUAAAUGUAAAGAAUCUCGUUAUUUAAUAGAUAUAAAGAUAAUUGA